AAGAAAUGGUGGACACAAAGCAAAAAAAAUUAAUUUUCUCAAAAUUUUAGCCCGCUUAAUGCUUUUACGGCACAUUUAGAAAUAUUUUGCAAGGUUUGACUUGUCUUUAGUGACCACACUCAACUCAGCCAUGCAGCCAGGGCAAACAGAAAUCGACUACAAACAGAAAUACAAGGCUUUGAAGCGGAAACUUCGAUUUCUCAUUUAUGAACAGGAGAGCUUUGUGGAUGAACUUCGAAAAGCCCAGAGAAAGAUGUUGAAAGUUGCCAGAGACAGAAGUUUCCUACUCGAUCGAUUGCUGCAGUACGAGAAACCAGAUGAGUCGUCGAGUGAUUCUGAUGCAACAGCGUCUAGUGACAGUGAAGCUGAAGCAAGGGAUGGACCACCAAAAAGGAAGAAGCUUCAUGCUUUCCGUCAACUGCCCAUGGUGAAUGAAAACACAGCUGCAUUGCUUGGCCACCUACCUUACUCAGUCGCUCUGUCACAGCAGGCAAUGUCUUCGAGUUCGAAUGUUAGUGCGGCACCAACCACCAGUGAACUGCUUGCGAGUCAGUUGUCAGCUUUGCGAGCUGCCAAUUUACCUGAUCAAGCCAACCCUGGUCCUGGUCAGCCACCUAGGAAGCGACCAAAAACAGCGAAGAAAGGCUCAAAGUCAGAUAAAUCACGAUCUCAAGGCAAACGGCCGCACGGCGAGUCAUCACUCUUCGUCGACCCAAUGUCACGGGAAGAAAUCGAGCGCCACCUAGAUUCUAAGAAGCCAAUUAUGAACAUAGAAAAAGCAGGUGCUUCACUACCGCUCGAUAUCUUCAGCAAUGACAAUUCAAAUCAAGACAGGUUAGUGUCACGGAUCAAGUGAGGAUGAAGAUGAUCCGAGAGGCAAGGAGCUAAUAAUAGACAUUCCGAAGUGAAAGAUGGCCAUCAGUCGACAAGGCUGAGGUGAAAAUAACGUGUUUCAAUGACUAAUUGCAUGUGCUGUUACGAUCUGCCACCAGUUGUGUUUGUUUUGACUAAGACGGAUAAAUGAACUUUCUGAGCUUGGCAUAAGAAUUCAGGAUGAGGCGUAGAUAUGAUCAGUUCUAGAUCUGCGAGUGAGCUUCUUGGAGAGUCUCGUUUUGAUGUUGGACAUUGCAGUUACUGUCAGGAAUGGGUGGAGUAAUUUUUACCUUCAAGAACGAAUAUAAGCAGUAGCGAUCCAGAAGCUGGAAAGGGGAGCACAGCCAAGCCUAGACCAGCCCUCAUGAUGUGAUGUUGGAAAUGAGGGGUUGCGGGUCCUCACCCAAAAAAAUUGGAAAUGUUUGUGCCAAUUAGGCUUUUUUCAGGCAUCUACAUGUAAGGCUAAAUCAAAAGUAGUCCUUGACUUCUUGGAGAGAGGCACCCUGUAAAAUCGUUGCUGGGGGUUAACUCCCCUCCCCUCUAAAUCCCCCUCUAUCACUGAUGAGUAACUUAAGUGUUGUUAGACUGAUGUUAUAAUAUCAAAAUGGAAACAGGAUGUGUGGAAAUGGUACUGUCAAACAAUAAGAUUGAAAGAGAAUGAGUGUCUCUGAAUCCUCAUACAAUCUCAACUUGUAGCUGGUCAUCAAGCAGAUAUGGCAACAGGGUGUGUCCUGUGGCCUACUAUGACAUGAAGAAUAAAGAAUAAAUCUGCAGGGGGUGUAUAUUGUAGUGGCAUCUUUCCUCCAGGCUGAAGGAAUUUUCCAUUUAGCUUAAUCUGCAUUAGUAGAGUGACAGCCUUGUAACUACAUGUUUUGACCUGGUGUUUUUCCUCCGGUUCACGGGUGGCAGGCCCUCCAGGGGUAAUAGUCUGUUGGAUGGACAAGGAGUGGUAAUCGUUCAUAGGCAAUCAAUGAUGCCAGCCUGAACAGCGGUUAUAUUAUGAAGUGGCAAGAACACUUGUCAACAGUUCUCAUGAAAUGAUAGAGCUAUUAGAAAGUUGUCUCAGAUUUUUAACAGCACUGAGUGUUACAGUGUAUUGUAUACUUUUGUAAGGAAAUGAAAUAAA